AAAAACACUUAUCAUAGUGAAUCUCUUUGUCUUCAAUCACACUAAUGUAUGAUAAUGGUGGAAAACAAGACCUUGGACCUCCAGAGUCCCAAGACACCGAUCCUCCAGGAGUGUACCCUAGGUGCGAUGAAACAGUUAGGGACUUCUACUAUUAUGAUGGACUCAGUACACAAAUAGUGGUAGAAGAUCUAUAUAGUAGGUACCUUCAAGGAAAGUCGUAUUCCUACUUUGGCAAUCUUAUGUUCUACCUAGUGCCACUUAAAGGCUCGAAUUUACCAGAAGAAUACUCAAAGUAUCUAUUCGAAGAAGAUAAAGUGGCACCGCACUUAUUCGCAUUGUUAAAUGAAGUGCUGCGCAUAACCGUCGUCAAAAGAAUAGAUGAUAGUCUGCAAUUCAAUAAUAAUGAACGAGUGACACAAGCCACUGUGAGGUCGCUCUCCAGAAAGUACACAUCACAACUGCAAGUACCGGGUUCACGACAAUGCUGCAAUAUUUUUGUCUACGGCGAUGCGCCUUCAGGACAAAGCGACGUUGCAAAAAAUGCAGCGGUAUACCUUGCACAAAGGGCACAUAUCGUUGGAUUGGAGCCAUCUGGGAAAGUGAGUGAACAGAUCAUGAAUGUGAACAAACUGCUGGAUGCAUUCGGUGAUUUCUCAUCAUACAAUAUAAUGGAAAACAAUAUUAUGAUGUCAUACCGAUUGGAUUUUGAUACUAAUAACUAUUUAACAUCAGUCAACAUAGUGCCAAACCUGGCAACGGAUACAGCAUGUGCGGCAGUAGCAUCAAAGUACCGACAGUAUCUCAAAAGUAUACGCCCUGGAAAUAUGGCAACAAAUGUAACCAUUAGACCACCAAGUGUAAUUUACGCACUCCUGUACAGCAUACAAACCGGAAAAUAUCGCAAGUGGCUCUCAGCAUGCAGGAUGACAGAAGGAGAUGCUACCAGAGUACUGAAUAACAUACCGCCACAUGAAAUUAAAGAUCCAGAAAAGCAUACAGCCACGCUAGAACAAAUCAUACGCAACCUAUUGCGCAUAGGUUUCACAGCAGAAGAAGUAAGGUCAAUCAUGCAAAUAAUAGCGGCAGUGGUACUGUUCGACCUGUAUACCAUCAUGAGAGAAAGGAUUGAUCAAGAAGAAGAAAGACGUAAAGAGAAUUACGAAAAGGAUAUAGAAACCACAAAAAGAAAGUCAAAAAUGGAAGAACAAGAUAGACCUAAUAAAGAAGACGUACUCAACCCUAAAGAUAUACUGAUAUUUGCAGCAGAAGUUAUGGAUAUACCAUUGCUUAAAGUACCAGCCAAAACAUUACAGUCGCAUGAUCUGCUUUUCAGAUUGGACCUUUUAGGAGCUGAAAAUAGAUGGCAAUUCGAAAACGUGGCACCUGCGCUGUUCAUCAGGUUGAAGCUUACUAUAUAUCGAAGGGCUAAUAGAUACCUAGCUAAGGAAAGACAAACACAAAUAUCGUCAUCAAUAGCAAUACACUCAAAUGCAGGAUGUUUCCCACAAACAAUACCUGUUAAGCGACAUAAAGAUAUCGAGUUAGCCAAAAGAGCGUCAGAAGAAACAUUCGUGCAUCAAUUCACAAACUCAAUGGAUGGCGUUGAGCAUACAAACGCACCCACAGGUGAUUUUGUAAGAAAAUCAGCAGAUGCAGUAAAAUUAUUAGCAAGUGAAACUGGAUUAAUUGCGAGGAUAGUGGUUGAGGCACAAAAUAACAUUUACGAUGGACGAAAUGAUGACUCAAUUGAACUAGGUGAAGCAAGAACAGUGAACCACUCAUGCUGUGAUGUAGAAUACGAUCUUACAGCAAUUGCCAAGGAAGAAUCCAAGACUUUCGCCUUACCCCAAGGUGUGGCCAAGCUACUGGCGUACACCACGAAUAACUUUAUAAUGGAUAUAAUGGCAUCCUCAAGAUCAAGGCGCACUGUGUAUGGUACUUGUGCAAUGGCACUCAGCUAUAUGAGGUACCUCAAAGAAGCUGUGUCCAAAGAUGACCUGAUGUACCAUGUAGUAUGCACCAACCCGGAAAUGCUAAAAUAUAUCUACAGGAAGGAAGGUGAUCCAAUAUUGAUAAAGAGGAAAACUGUAAAUGAAGAAACAAGUGAUAAAGAAGCAGAUGAGUAUACUAGAGAUGAAGUUAAAUAUGGUAUUGAGCUGUUGAAACGCGCACUUUCUGUUAAUAUGCCAGUAGUGGAGCUGUGCAUCACACAACGCGAAUACUCGCAAGUCACCCUGGACCUUGAAGCUGCCCUGAACACAUUCAUACCAAUAGCAUACGUAGCACUGCAAACAUCAAUGCAUAGGACUAUACCGAUACUAGAAGGAAAGGAAAUAUUCAGAUUGAUGUUCCAUGCGCUCAGAGUACCUGAUACGGCAUAUAGAAUAACCAACGAAACCAUCGUUCUCAAGCGAGCACUAUGCGUUAAAUUAAUGGCAAGGGUAUCGAGAUACCUCAACGCAGUACUCAGUAGCGCAAGACUAAUACAAAGUUGGUGGAUUGGAUAUAAUACCAUACAACUCAAAAGAAUACUCAGGAAAGUAGUAGUGCGACUACAAUCGAAAGUUAGGCAACUUAUAUUCCAAGAUAAAGUUGUGGCAUUGGCAAACUCACGGAACCUAAGUGUAGACUAUAUAGGUUAUUGCCUCGUAAUGUACUAUCUCAAAGUUAGCCUGCAAUCAUCAUCACAGAAGACACUGCAACUAUUACACUCGAUGGAAAAGAGAUACCACGAAAAGGAAUAUAACUACAUCCAACAUGCAGCUGCAACUUACAUACAAGCAGUUUGGAGAGGACGAUUACAAAGAAGGAAAUACGCACAGAUGAAACGUGAAAAAUUAGAAGACUUUGCAAUCAUGCUCGUGCAAACAUUCAUACGCAGGUUCAUAGCAACAGCUAAGCUGAUACACAAAAAACCAACAAAAGAUAUCGCAGCUACUAGAAUACAAGCAGCAUUCAGAGGAUAUAUCGCAAGGAAACAAUAUGAAGUGCUCUCAGGAUUAAAAUUAGCAUUGUUGUCAAUAGUAAGAAAGGGUUCUAUGCUUAUAAGCCUCAACGAACAACUCAAAUUCGUAAAGGAACGGAAGAAGCUAAACUCGACGACUAUAGAAAUUAAAAGGCUAAUCAUGAUGCAAACAAACCUCCCACCAGGAUUCAUAAAGGCGCAAAACAUGAUUAGAAUGCAUUUUGUAAGGAAACAGUAUCUGUACCUAAGAUCAGCAAUUGAUAAAGUGCAUGCCAUAGCCAUGACGAAAAUUGCAAGGUUGGAGUACCUCCAUAAAGUCAAAUCAGCAGUAAAAAUACAAAGAUGGUGGAGAAGUGUAAGGAAACCCACUGUUUCAUCCAUAGCAAACAACGUCAUAUACUAUAUCAAUAUAAAAGAACACGCGGCAAUGAUGCCAAUGAAGCAACUCUGCCAGCAACUGGGAGUUACCAUAUUCCACUUCAGAGCUUACCAGGAUCUGAGAAAUGUUUACCCACGGUCAUGGGCAGCUUAUCCAACAAUGAUACUGAAUCACCUACUGCAAAUACAAAAAACAUUAAUAGAAACAGGAGGUGCAGAAUACCAAAGAAUCGAAGCUGUACAAUUCGCGGUCAGUGCAUAUCAUACGCUCAUGUUAGUGGAAUACGCAAAAGGAGCAGGAAGUGCUCUGUAUGCAUGGGGAGCACCCAAUGUAUUACAUUCGCAACCUUUGAAAAAUCCACCCGUCACGUAUCUGGAAAAACCACUGGAAUUCUAUCAGCUGGAAAACCCAGAACGCUCUGAGUAUGGCAGACACCAAUUUAUACCCAUGGAAAAUGUAGAAAUUGUGGCAAUUACAUGCGGGAAUGAAUUCUCGGUUGCAUUAGAUAAACAAGGUAGAGUAUUCACCUGGGGAAACAACAGAUAUGGGCAAUGUGGUCAAGGACACAGGCUUGUGCAACUGUGGUCCCCAACACUUUUGCCAAUGCAUGGAGUAACUGGAAUCUGGUGUGGUGAAUCGCACGCCGUCAUUCGACUGUCGGUAGGAGAAUACUUUGUUUUUGGCAAGGCAUUCGGGUAUAUUAUAUAUACACCAGAAGACAUCAAAGCGCAUUGCGAAGAUAUUAAAAACCAAACCAUAGAGGCAGUAGCAUGUGGAGGUGAUAUCACAGUGCUAUACACAACUGAACUUAAAUAUGUACUGCGAGUAUUGGGAGGUGAACCCACCUUCGCAAACUGCUAUAACCUCAAAGGAAAUAUAAAGUCAGUAUGUACAAACGGUAGGAUGAUAUGCACAAUAAUAGAGGAAGUCGAAUACAUGGGUAAUAAGCAACAAACAUUACUGGCCUGGGGACAACUAAGGUGCUUCUCAACCCAUUACAAGGAACCGCUACCAAACACAGCUGUGCUAGUCAACGCAUUUUGCGAAAUGUUCGAACACCCAGAAAAGAGGAAACCUAAAAGGUCACUCAACAAGGUAGACUAUUGCCUUGCAAAGCCAUGUCUAAUCCCAAUGCCAACACCUAUAAACUUCAACAAAAGAGUGAAUACCGUGACAUGCGACCACCAACAGAUAGUCAUGACCUGCAAGAAUGGAAUUGUAAUCGCAAUGAAAACAUUCGAACUCAUACACAGCGUCGCAAGCGAUAUACGCAGCUCAGAUGACCACUCAAUACGCCUAGAACCAAAUGUUACUAACGCCAGGCUGGAACCAGGGUUAUACCAAUUCACAGCCUUGGAACGCACUGAUACAGCAGUGCAAAUCGCAUAUAACAGGCUUUCAUGCUCUAUCGGAUUCGCCACUGGACCACACAUUAGCCAUGUCCAGUGACAAGGCUACACAUUUACAUCGUAACAACUAAUAUUUAA